AGCAAAGGGUGUCCCCAAAACCUGGACUUGGGGGGACCCCAAGGGAGGGAAUGCAGGGGAUCCCAGGGUGGUGGGGGGGCUCUGGCCCCGCCGCAGGGCUGAGCCCCCGGCCCUCUCCCCAGGAGCCGUCGCUGUUCACGGUGAAGGCGCUGCUCAUCCUGGACAGCCGCGGCCAGCGCCUCCUGGCCAAGUACUACGACGGGACCUUCCCCACAGCCAAGGAGCAGGCGGCCUUCGAGAGGAGCAUCUUCAGCCAGAGCCAGCGGGCGGGGGGUGAGAUCGCCUGCCUGGAAGGACUCACGGUUGUCUACAGGAGCAGCGUCGACCUCUUCUUCUACGUGGUGGGGGGCUGCCAGGAGAAUGAGCUGAUGCUCCUGGCCGUGCUCACCUGUCUCCUCGACGCCCUCGGCCACCUCCUGCGGAAGGAGGUGGAGAAGCGCUGGCUGCUGGACAACAUGGAGGGGACAUUCCUGGUGGUGGACGAGAUCGUGGACAGGGGGGUGAUCCUGGAGAGCGACCCCCAGCAAGUGCUCCAGCGGCUGAGCCUGCGGACCCCAGAGCCAGCACCGUACGGCUUCGUCCUCUUCGACUACCUGGCAGGCAGCUCAGAGCGCAGGGACACAGGGGACGCUGGUAGCCGCAAAUAGGCAGCACCAAGGAGGUGCAAACCCCCCCGUGCCAAAAUUAAGCGCUAACAAAGGAGAAGGUUCACAGUUCCUGCUCUCUCCCAGGCAGAACCAGCCACAAAUAAAGUUUUCCUCCGUG